AUGGAAAAUCCCACUUGCUACCAAAGAAUCUGAGACAAAGAGGCUCAGUUUUAUAUACCGGAUUAUAAAAUCUACGAAUGCUCGAAGCACAAGGACCAGAGAAAGAUCACAGACGAAGCUAUCAGACUUGUGACUUAUGCUAAGACUGAAGACGCAAUCGGAUGGGUCCAAACUGCUGUUGAAGACUUCUUAGAGUUCUUCACACAGGCUAACAAUGGCAUGGAUCUUGAAGAGUACCAGGAACUUGCAGCCAACUACCAAGAGAAGAUUGACGAACUGAAUGAAGAGUUCAAACAAGCUGCCGAAUAUGAUGAAUACUUCAAGUACAAAGACAUCCAAAUGAGAGCCCAAGAUGCUUUCAAUUCACUGAGGAAAGAAGAUCUCUUUGUGAAGUUCACCUCGAGGAAAUACAUCGAGAAGAUUUAUUCUGACAACGACCCUGAAGGAGAUGAGAAGUGGAUGGGCAGAAUCAACUACUUCCAACUAAAGAGCCAGAAGAAGGUCAGAGAGUAUGCUCAGAAACUCAAUGUCGAAGCCAAGACGAUUAAAGAAGAAUGCGAGAAAGAGAUUGAUGAAACCAAUGAAAAGAUUGAUCAGGUAAAGACUCAAAUGAUGGAGUCUGAUAGAUCCUUCAAGCAGCAGCGAGAAGGGCUAAUAUCCAGUCACAAUGCAAAUAUGAAGCAACUUCAGGAGGCCCACGAAUCAAACUUACAGGUCAUCAAAAAUAAACUACAGAAAGAUCUUGAUGACCAAAAAAAAAUCCUUCAAAACAGCAAGGAAGCUCUAGAAAAGAACAAAGCUAUCAAGGAAAACAAACUUAAGUCAGCUGACAUGAGACUUAAAGAGGCACAGAAGAAGACCCAAGAGCUCCUGGAGAUCAAGAAGGAGGAGGAGAAGAACUAUGAAACAAUGAAGCAAUUGAUGAUAGCUUCUCUCCACGUUUCUGAUUACUCUGACUUCAGCUGUCUUUACAAUUUUAUCCUUAAAACAGGAGAAAACAGGCAAAUCAACCCUAAAACCAGACUAACACUUUCCCUCACCAACCCCAAGCACAUGGAGUUCUUGACCUCCCUAGAACAGCAAAUGCCUGACCUAGAGAUACUCAGCCUUCGUAAAAUCCCUUUAAACAGCGAGGAGGUCAAAACCUUCCUGGGCAGUCGGUUUCCUUCUAAAGUGAGGAUCUUCCAUUUUAAUUUCUCCUCCCCUCUGUCAUCUUCCCUGCCCCUGUACAUGGACGAAUUGGCAGCAGUGAGCCAGAGAGUUUGGGAGGCAUUGUUCAUUUAUAAAUUUGAAGUUUCUCAGUCCCAACUCACCACUCUCCUUGCUGCCAAUAAACACAAAGAACCAUUUGGGUUUACCAAUUGCAAACUCUCUCUUUCGUCUGUCCCUGACUUCGGAGGCAGACUUGAAGGCAGCACACUCGAAAUAUUACAUUUGGACUCCUGAGGGGGAAGUGAUUACGGCGACUGGGCCACCAACGAGUCCCAUUUUGAAAACCUUGUUGAAGGGCUUUCGAAGGAACAAGACUUUAAGAACAAUCUGCAGGGGAUUAGGAUGCGAGAAUGUGGAAUGGAGCUUGAGACAGUAGAAGAAAUCUUGGUCAAGCAUGGGUUCGGCCAUGUAGAAAUUGUGGCCCACUCGAAGUAGACCAGAAAUGAAGACAUCUGAGAUGAGAAUUUACUCAAAUACUAUUGGCGUAAUUUUAUUGAGUAAUAAUUCUUAAU